AUGAAAAAAUCGAAGCUGUCCGACGGUAACAUCGAGCGGGCUCCAGAAGAGGUCCAAGAUGCUCCACUAGUUGGCAAAGGCUUGGUAUUCCGCUCCGAUGAACAUGGUGGCUUCACUUGGACAGCGCGAAAGAGCACCGUCGAGGGCAUGCCGCACGACCCGCAACAGCAAUAUGAUGACCUCAAUGCUACGCCUGGCGAAGAGGAGAAUGAGACUGAUGAGGGAGCGAUGCAGUCAGUUUUCAAGCGUGCCAACACGUUGCGGCAUGAUGCCAAAAGUGGGCUGGGAAAGGUGAAGGGUGCUGUAGGGUUUCGAGGCCACAAGGCCAAACCGUCGACUGAUGAGUCAGUACCUGCUUCUCCCGUUGACAAAGAUGUCAAGAAAAGACCACUGCUUCGCCGUUCUCAUACGAGUCCUCUGGGUAGUCCCGAGAGCCCACAAGGAUAUACCAAUGGCAAGGAUGAAGUACCAGUUCCAGCAGCUGCUCAUCAGACCGAGCGGCUUGGUAGAAUUCUUGGAAGAAAGCGGACUAUCACAAACGAGUCGAUUCCACAGAUCCCUGUCAGAAGUUCCAUGGAAGAUCUUCCUCCUGCCGCAACGAUUUCCCGUAAUCAGCAGGUCGGUGUCGAACAAUACCCGCAAAAAGUCUCUUCUGAGAAUGGCAACCAUGGCGCUUCCUCCUCCGGCGAAGUCUUACCCUCCAUCAGAGGAUCCCUCUACAAAGGGGUUGACUUGAACGAAAUACUUCCAUCAGGCCCAGAAACAGAAGUAGAAAUCACAAAUCUCCUGCGUCGCACAGCAUCCGAUCCACUGUAUGAUAAAGCACACACAACCGAAGCAGGCUACUCACGCCAUCUCUCCUUCUCCCUGGUAUCCUCUUCCGUGCUCGACUGGCCUUCACUAUCAGAUUCCGACAAUGAAGAUCCCUUCUCCCCACCACCAACUCUCAACGCCGAACUUGCAGCCGAGAGAUGCACGGCAGCCGAAGCAAAGCAUCUUCGACAUCUCAUCGCUCUCCUACACACCGACACGGCGCCCUUCACAGCCGCCCAGAUUGAGCAUCUCACUUCCGAACUCCUACCCCAGCAAGAUUCCGAUAUUGACGCGCUGGGCGCAAUGCUGGAACGGAGACGAGCAGAGGUGCGGGAUCUCCAGUCCCAUUCGGAGACCUUGAUGAGGGAUGAAACGGAGCGAUUCGAGGAAGGCGGAAAGCAGAUUGAAAGUCUGGCCGCGAAGCUCGAUUAUGAAAUUCAGGGCUUGAGGAGUAGGAUUGAGGAUGCGGCUAAUAAUUUAGGAGACUAUGAGAAGAGUGUGAGGAGGGUAGAAGAGCGAGUCUUUGAUUUGGAGCGGGAUGCGGAGAGUGGAUGGUCUUGUUUAAUCAUGUAG